AUGAGUGAGCCAUCCGAUGCUCAGAUGGCUGGUGUUUCAUCAGGCCAUGAGCAUGCCAAGCUCGUAGCCGAUGCUAGCAAUAUUACAACUUCUGCCGAUGACGGAGAGCGGGCUUCGAAGCGAGUUAAGAUGAACGAUUCGAUCCUUUCGCAGUCUGUACCUGGAGAGGGUCUUCACGAUGCACCCACGCCCAAGAAGAACGGCACAGAUGGUGACAAACAAGAUGCCCCCCAAGAAUCAAAUUCGGAUUCCAAGCAGGAGCAUGUUGAUGGUCGCGCCAAAGGAAUUGCUCCUAUUAAGAAAGAGUAUCUCGUUGACUUGUCAGCGCAAAAGGAUAACUCCGAUACUGUAAACGACGACGACGCAGCUGAAGCGCGUGGCACUGCCGACGGAAACGGGGAAAACGGUGAGCGUAGGUCUAACAAAGGCAAAAAGGAAAAGAAAAAGAAUAAGGGCCAGAACACAGAACGUGACUUUGGCAAGUUCGACGAUGCCUUUCGUCUCUGUAACAGCCGAGCAUUCUAUCCUGAGUUUUCUCCCAGAGAGUGCAGGUUUGGCGAUCGAUGCAGACUUUGCCACGAUAUCCGAAAGUAUCUCGAGGAUGGACGCCGAGGCGAUGUUGAAACUUUUGAUGGCAAAUGCCCUGUGUUUGAAGCCCAUGGCCACUGUCCCUCAGGUUGGAAGUGCCGCUUUGUUAAAAGCCACAUGAAGGAAAUCGAGCAUGAGGAUGGCCGAAAGGAGUUGGUUCUCAUCAACACUGCAGCUGAUGGUGGCCAGAACGGUGCGCCCAAGGAUGAAGGGUCUGAGGAGCAGCGUCCUGCUAUCCACAACGUCGUUGGUAUUGAUAAGAAAAUCAACCUUAACCGCAAGCGAACCGACUUCACACGAUCGGAGCAGUAUAUUUCGUGGCUCAACAAGGAAUCCAAGCUGAGCGAGGAACUCAUGAACCGCCGCAAGGACCAGUCCGAUGAGGGUACCGAGGAUCUUCGUGCUCGCUAUGUCGACCCCCCCUUUCGGCCUUCUGAGAAGCGUCGUCUGUACUUUGGCCCUGAGACUCCUACCCUGGCACCUCUCACCACACAAGGAAACCUGCCAUUCCGUCGGCUCUGUGUUGAGCUUGGCGCCCAACUAACCUAUUCGGAGAUGGCUCUGAGUAUGCCCUUGAUCCAAGGAACCAAGGCCGACUGGACACUUCUCAAGGUCCACGACUCAGAGCUUACUCCUCCCAAGUUCAAUACUGGCUCUAUCCCUAUCUUUGAUGAUUACGACCACUCCAAGGAUAUCAAAUUCGGUGCACAGAUCUCCGGAAACAACCACUGGGUCGUGACCAAGGCCGCUGACGUCUUAAAUCGCUUCUGUCCCCAUCUUCGCCUUAUCGAUCUUAACUGUGGCUGCCCAAUUGACAUGGUCUUCAAGUCCGGUGGUGGUUCGGCACUCCUCGAAAACUCUGGCAAGUUGGAGCGAAUGAUUCGAGGCAUGAACGCCGUGUCAGGGGAAGUCCCCAUCACUGCCAAGAUUCGCACUGGUAUUCGAAACAGCCGCCCUACAGCAACCCAGCUCAUUGGCAAGCUGGCCUUCGGUGCACGAGAGCACCGAGAACGGCUUGGUGCUCCUGGAUGCGCUGCCCUCACUCUUCAUGGACGCAGCCGUGAGCAGAGAUACACCAAGAAAGCCGAUUGGGGUUACAUCAGCGAGUGUGCCGCACUCAUCAAGACUUACAACAAGGAGAAAGAUGCCCUGACCGACACUAUUGCUGAACCCGAUGCCAGCAGCCUCCCUAACGCUAAGGAUAGCCGUAUGUACUUCCUCGGCAAUGGCGACUGUUACUCUCACACCGAAUACUACGAGAAUAUCGAAAAGUCUCGUGUUGACACCGUUAUGAUUGGCCGCGGUGCCCUUAUUAAGCCUUGGCUGUUUGAGGAGAUCGAGAAGGGACAGUAUCUCGACAAGUCGUCCAGCGAGCGUCUCCGCUACAUCGAGAAGUUUGUACGCCACGGCCUUGAUGCCUGGGGCUCCGACGAACUCGGCAUUGGCUUCACCCGUCGUUUCCUUCUCGAGUGGCUCAGUUUCGCCUACCGCUACGUUCCUAUCGGGCUUCUCGAGUAUCUUCCUCCUUCUCUGAAUGAUCGACCACCCAGUUACCAGGGCCGAGAUGAGAUGGAGACACUCAUGGCGUCCAACAACUUCAAGGAUUGGAUCAAGAUCAGUGAGAUGUUCCUUGGUCCCGUUCACCCGACAUUCAAGUUCCAACCCAAGCACAAGUCGAACGCGUACGAGGCUGAGGGCUGA